AUGGAGACGCGAUCGUCCUGCCGGAAGCGCAGGAAUAGUGCUACCUCGAUCUUAAUCAAUGAGCCUCCUGUCUCACAUCGAACGAGACAAGCUGCAGGAACAGUGACAGAACAUAUCGAGCCCAAGCAACAAGAGACACGUACACCUCGAAAGUCUAGAAAGCGAGUACGUUUUUCGGACCCUGGUCCUUUGCUGCAUGACACUACGGUAGGCUCCACCGGGUUGACACCGGCAAUGAAACGUACCUCGUUUGAGCCUUCCAAGAAAUUCGCUCAGCGUGGAAAUCAGACCCCGAGUCGCAGUGCACGCCGGAGAUCGGCGCCACUGCCUCGUUUCCAACGGGCCUUUGAUCCAGUUCAGGAAUAUGACGAAUCUUCUUUGGAACGUGUCUACCAGUUCACUCCUCUACGCCAGAUCUUGGAUUGCCGUACACAACGGAGAAUCCGCCGGAUUGGAUUGAGUGAUGAGAUUACUCAGAUCGAACGGGAGAAACGCGAGAGCCGCAAUUUCGAAAAGACACUAUCUACACUACGCCACGAGCGAGACGAAUUGCAACGUGAACUGAAUUCUAUGAAGCAAAGAGAUGAUCUAGAGGAUUGUCAGCCAUCUGAUGAGUCAUAUUGGAUGUCAUCCCAGGGUUGCGUUCAGCAACCUGAGCCCGAAAGAGCGAUUUCCCCCGAGGGAAUCUCCGUGGCUUCCGAUAGAGACCAGAACGAGCCGUUUCAAUAUGUCGACGGGGACACCUUCACGCUCAAUGACAGCGCUAUAAUUGUUUCCAAUUCGCCAGAUCUCCGUGCCAUGCGCGACUACAACACGCCAGAGCCGGACAGUCUGAUGUAUGGCGACGAAUCAACCAUCAUAAACGUCGCGACCCAGACGUCAUUCACUGAUAAUCCCGGCAAUUCGGAUAUGCACAACUUGACCCUCGAUUUGGAAGCGGCUCGAUCAGAGAAGGAGAAGCUGUUCAAUAAAUGCCGCUCACAAAUAUCCGCUUUCGAGGACUCCAGUAUGGGAGAUAUUCUUCGCCUACCUUCACCUCCUCAAGAUUUCUUCGAUAACAUUGUCAGUAUCCUGACGAAUGCACUAUCUCGUGCCGCUGACGCCACGGAAGCUCUCGAGGGAAUCAACGAAGAAUUCUCUAGUCAAGGCUUCUCUGGCGCCAGUACAGAGGAAGUGGUCUCUGACAUCAAAAGUCACUUUCGUUCGGCACGCCUAGAGCUCGAGCGGGCUAUCCCGGGUGAGACCGCUGGUGUCAGUCUAGCGAACGGGAAAGCAACUCUGGGUACUCUUGUACAACGGGUGCGAUCAUUGGCGAAAGACCUUCAGACAGAACGCAAAUAUCACCAUGGCUCUCUGGGCCGAGAAAAGGCGCUCCGAGGACAGUUCGACAACCUAUUGCAUAGAUAUGAGGCAGCAGCAAACAAGAUCGGCACCCUUGAAGAUUCCAUCGCGUCCUCUGCCCGAGAUAUGUUACAUACGAGAAUGCGACUACAAGACCUUGAAAAUGAAGACCAGGAAAAGACGAUCGGGAUUGACAGAUUAAACACCGCCCUGGAUAGAUAUCAUGAGGAUAUGAAGAGUCUUGAAAACCUGGUAAAUAGGCUGGAAGACGAAAACGUUGCUGUCAAGGCGCAAUACAAGCAGCAGAUUGCGAAACUCAAGCAACAAGUCGCCAGUGAGCGGCAACAGCGUUCUGACACCGAAAACUCGGCUUCAGAGUAUGAGACACGAGUUCGACUACUGGAAGAAACUGUCGAACUGAAUCGGAUCAAAGCCUGUGAUCUGAUGGCACAGGUGGAAUGCCUUGAGAAGGAACAACGUGUUGCCUCUAAUACCCUUGACAGAAAGGCCUCGGAGGAACUGCAACAUCACGAGCAAGAAACGGGAACGCUCAACGUUCGUAUCUCUGAGCUUAAUACAUCCCUUGAUGAAGCAAAGUGCGAGGCGGACCGUUUACGUCAAGUCAAUAUCGGUCUGGAAGAGCAGCUGCAGAUCGAGACAGAGGCCCGUGACGAAAUGCUCGAUAAAUGGGCCGCCGAGCAAGCGAGGUCAUUUGCUUUCAUGAAAGAGAGUGUUGGCUCGGAACGGCGGCGAGCAAAGGCUCGUGCCGCUAAUUGGGAGCUCAAAUCAGACGAUCUUAUGUCUGAUGGCACCACUGUUAUGGGUAGUGAGCCCAUUACGCCUGUGAGCAUGACUCGAUUCGUUGAUGUCGAGUACGGACGAGGCAAAAACCGCAGACGUAUAGAUAGUGGUGUUGGAAUUCUCACCAAGGAAGGUCUUUUGAGUGAAGACGUCCCUGGCCUGCGAGCUGAGCUGGACUCAGAUCCUGAUCUGCCUACUUUAGAUUUGAUCGGUGCAUAA